GUUCCCUUCUCCGGGCGGCGGAUGCACCACACCUGCCCGUGUCUCCCCGGCCUGGCCUGCCUACGGACUUCUCCCAGCAAAUUCAAAUGUUUACCAGACUUCAGAAAAGAAGAUGCCUUUUUUUAG